AUGUUUGCGCGGGCGCAGCGAAGCGCUCGCUUUCUCCCGGCGGCGGCGGCGGUGGCGCGGCGUGAGCGAUGCGACUGUGGAGGCGGCGCGGCGGUGGCGGAGGAGGCGGUGACGGAGAUGGAGGUGGCGUUGACCGUGAUGACGGAGGCUGCGGCGGCGGCAGACGCGACGCGGGAGGGGGCGGAGAUCGGGAUGGAGAAGGUGGUGGUAGUGGACGUUAGUGACGGUGGCGGUGGCGGUGGUGAUGGCUGUGAUGUCGGUACGGUGUUGUCAUGGUUCGCCAAUUCGGGCAGUUCCGCUCAUCCUUUAACAAUAAAUGGAAACCUUCGUUUGGACGACGACGGGGUAAUUGCUGGAUUAAUGCAUUCUCUCCACGACCAGGACCAGGGUCGGAUCCCGAGGCCGUCAAGCGAUCGGGACUUUCCUGAUUACUUUUGCACCUGCAAGAAGCGGGUAGUCCUUCCUGUUGCCUUAUUGCACGCUAGAGGCAGAGUGAAAGAGAUAUUUUCAAGAGACUGAAUAACUGCUGUAUUAGACAAUGCGUUUUGUGAUGUAAAACACGAAGAACUUAUUUUGCAUCACGUCACGCAAUUGAAUCUAAUACAGUCCAAGGAAAUGUAAGUGAUCCAUAAUUAUAUCAUCAAUAAUUGUUUGGAGUGGGAUAAUGAAAUGUAAGUGAUCCAUAAUUAUAUCAUAAAUAAUUGUUUGGAGUGGGAUAAUGUUAUCUGAGUGAAGAAAUUCAUUGAUGUUUAACAAUAGCCCAGAAAAGUGUUGAAUUUUAUGCAAAUUGAUUCUGGUUGCUUUUGUUGCAACUUCCCAAAAGCUGCAAGUUCCAAAACAAGGUUGAUAGACUCAUCGACACU